UCCUUUUUCUCGUUGCAGGUAAUUUGCUCCCACUUCAAGGAAGCCGGAUGAACGUAGGAGAAGCCCUGAGCUUCACUACACACCCUGACCCUGCAGGCAGCAGUAGCCCUGAGCCCUGAGCUUUACUAAGCAAGAGAACAGUGAAAAAGCUGAUUAGUUAAGUUUCUGUAUUAAGAGCUUUUAUGAACUGCUCCUUGAUGCAAAGUUAGUUCAGCCAGCGACAAGUUUACACAGUCAGCUACAAGUUAACAAUCAGCUACAAGUUAACAGCGCCUGUCAGCUCUCAACAAGUGGUUUCCGGGAGAGAAUUACUUAUGAAUAUAGGAAGACUUCUCAAGAAAAUGGGAAGGUGAGAAGAAUUGUGAUGGUGUUGAUGAUGAUAGUGGUGAUGAUGAUGGUGAUAGUGAAGUGAACAAGAGCAACAAUGCUCGACCAGCGCUUGUCUUACACACUGUUAGUACCAACAGCAGCAGGAGCGUCACCUGGUUAUAAGCGGAACUAGCAGGAGGGACAGUCAGCAGUAACUGUAGCAGGUGCGGUAGAGAGAGAGGAGCAGCAGACACUCGGGCAGCAGCCAACACUGCUAACAACACCAACACUCUCCAACAUGUAUGGGAUGCUUUUGGAGAGUGUUAUGUACUUCGGCAGGGCGGAGUACGGGGAGCUCAAGUGGGACCUGAUCAAGGAGCACGCCGGCUGCCGCAACAUAGAGUUCAACAUCCACCACACCUACUCGGACUCCCUCUUCAGGAAGCUGGCCACCGCCUGCGCCCACAUCACCAAGCAGGGCGACGAGAACGACCACCUCAGGUUCUUCGGCAGAUGCUUCGUGAGGUACUGCAGCCAUUACCAGUACGACAAGAUGCUGAGGGUGACAGGGAGGCACUUCUGUCAGUUCCUCAAGGAGAUGGACAACCUUCACUCACAGAUGAGGUUUGGGUUCCCCAAGAUGAAGUCACCAUCAAUGAUGGUGCUGGAGUAUGACGCUCACGGUGCGCAGCUCCUGUACCGUUCCUGUCGUACCGGCCUCUCUCACUACCUUGUUGGUCAGCUUCUGCAGAUCGCCAGAGACUUCUUCAACAUGACCCUCAACGUGGAGAUCCUGCGGGAGGAGACAGAAGGCUCUUCCUUCUGCACCACCUUCAGACUUGACUUCAACAACGUGGGCUUCGUGUCGGAGAUGCAGAAGCGAGGAGCGUGCUUCAACAGACCACACUUACCCAGCUUUGACAUCAGCAAGUUGUCCGAGUUCUUUCCGUUCUGCAUCGUGCUGGACCGCGACCUUCACGUGCGUUUCGCUGGGGAUCGGCUUCUUCAGCUCCUGGGAAGAGACUUGCUGGGGGCGGAGUUCUUGAAGCACUUCAGCGUCCAGCGGCCACACGUCGCUUUCUCCUGGGAGGCGAUCACAGCGUUCCAGAGCGUGACGUGGGAGGUGGUGUCGAAGAAGCUGCCUGUGCCAAUCAGCGACAUCAACAGAGGCGCCCACGCGGGUGCCACAGGUGCGCCAGCCGCUGCUGCGCCCGCUGCCACAGACACCACCUCAGGUGCAGCUGCAGCAGGUGCCACAGAAGGCGUGCCAGGCGUUGCUACAGCGGGUGCCACGGAAGGUACAACAAUGCCAACGACAGCUGAUGAGACGGGCGGUCUUAGAACCAACAGCCUCAUCACUGUCAGGGAGAACCCGACGCGUCGCGGGUCGAGCCAGGCGCCGUGGACGGCCCACGAGUCCUCCCUACACAGCGUCAAGGGGCUCCUGCUCAAGGGACAGAUGUACAUCAUCAAGGAGUCCAACAUCGCUCUCUUCCUGUGCAUACCCUUACUGAACAACCUGGUGGAGAUGCGGGAGAUGGGCAUCUACCUGAACGACCUGAGCAUGCACGACAUGAGCCGGGAGAUGGUGCUCAUGGGCUGGGAACACUGCUCCAGGGUGGAGAUCAUGUACAACAGGGCGGAGGAGUACUCGAGCAGACUGGAGGACGCCCACAGGAAGCUGGAGGAGACGAAGGCCUGGAGGGACGACCUCCUCUACUCCAUGUUGCCCAAGCAGGUGGCAGACUUCCUGAGCCAGGGUAACGACCCCUACGAGACGUGUCAAACGCUGGAGGAGGUGUCGGUGCUGUUCGCCGAGGUGGUCUUGUCGAGGGAGAGCGAGUCCAUGGGAGCCAUGGAUGUUAUGAGGACGGUCAGUGAGAUGUACAAGUUGCUUGACCGAACCACCGACCAGUAUUCAGUCUUCAAGGUGGAGACGGUGGGCGGAGUGUACAUGGUAGUGGGCGGGGCCCCGGAGUACCGCCCAGACCACUGUGCCCAGGUGGCAGCUCUCGCACUACACAUGCUCAAGGAGGUGGCCAUCACUACCCCACACACACACAACCUCAGAAUAGGUAUCCACAUGGGUCCGGUGGCUGCAGGUGUGGUGGGCCUCAAGCUGCCCCGGUACUGCCUCUUCGGCGACACCGUCAACACCGCCUCCAGGAUGCAGACCAACAGCAAGAUUGGUAGGAUCCACGUGAGCGAGCGGUGUGCUCUGCAUCUCCAGAAGUUGGACUUUAUCACCACCUUCAGAGGAAAGCUUCAGAUUAAGGGCAAGGGGGAGAUGAACACAUACUGGCUCGAGGGGCGCAGACAGGACUCCAUGCUCACCUGGAAGUGAUACAAGAAGUACCUCUGUGGCCUCCCACCUGGCGACCAGGUCACCUAGCACGCCACCUGGUCACCGGGUCUGUCCCCUGGUCACCUGUCCUCCGGGUCUGUCACCGGGUCACGUAUUCUCCAAACCUGUCACCUGUCCACGGGUUCAUCUACCUCCCCUGCCACCUACCCACGUGUUUGCCAAGCCGGGGACACCUGGCCACCUUGCUUCUCACAUAUAUAAAGCCUGAUGCUUGACCAUGUAUGAUUGCUUUGCUGGCUCCGUGGCCACGUGUCCGUACAGCUGGCCACGUGUCCGUACAGCUGGCCACGUGUCCGUACAGCUGGCCACGUGUCCGUACAGCUGGCCACGUGUCCGUACAGCUGGCCACGUAUCCGUACAGCUGGCCACGUGUCCGUACAGCUGGCCACGUGUCCGUACAGCUGGCCACGUGUCCGUACAGCUGGCUACGUGUCCGUACAGCUGGCCACAUGUCCGUACAGCUGGCCACGUGUCCGUACAGCUGGCCACGUGUCCGUACAGCUGGCCACGUGUCCGUACAGCUGGCCACGUGUCCGUACAGCUGGCCACGUGUCCGUACAGCUGGCCACGUGUCCGUACAGCUGGCUACGUGUCCGUACAGCUGGCUACGUGUCCGUACAGCUGGCCACGUGUCCGUACAGCUGGCCACGUGUCCACACACCUGGCCACGUGUCCGUACAGCUGGCCGCGUGUCCGUACAGCUGGCCACGUGUCCGUACAGCUGGUCACGUGUCCGUACAGCUGGCCACGUGUCCGUACAGCUGGCCACGUGUCCGUACAGCAGGCCACGUGUCCGUACAGCUGGCCACGUGUCCGUACAGCUGGCCACGUGUCCGUACAGCUGGCCACGUGUCCGUACAGCUGGCCACGUGUCCGUACAGCUGGCCACGUGUCCGUACAGCUGGCCACGUGUCCGUACAGCUGGCCACGUGUCCACACUACCAGAGGAACGUGACACUGUCCUCCACCAGUCAACAACUAUUCCUGAGAAGAGAUCCUGUUGUGUAUGAAGAUGCUCGCGAGUCCGUCCAUGUGUGAUAUACUCUGUGUAUGCUUGUAGUGUGUGCGAGUAUCACAUGUAUAUUCUCUGUGAUCGUCUUGGUUAUUGUGUCAGGUGAAGGCUAAUACAAGCCAGGACCCCGUAGUGUUGACCACCUGGCCAGGACUCGAACCCAUCUUAGGAGUAGUGUCGUCCAUCCAGCCGCAGAGUCCUAAGCCGCAGUCAUCAACACGAACGCGCUGUUUAUUCAAAACAGAUAUAUCAUCAUAUAGUAUUAUAUAUUAUUAUGUAAAUAUUAUGUAAAAUAUUAUGUAAUUCGUAAAAUGAAGCAUUUACAGAGGUGGGAUUCGAACAGUGAGAGGUCUGUGAAGCACGGUUCGAGAAGUGGUCGAACGUCACCAGUUCAUAGAUCUACUUGAAAAAAAAAUCGUUCGUAAACAACUGGUUUGGCGGCUGGAUUAAUGCGCAUUUGGCCUUUGUUGAUGAGGACGGGUUACAUGACUAGUGGAAAAAAAGACUCGCUAUUUUGUGAAUGCUAUUUUGGCUGCUAUUGGCAUUAUCGCUUAAUGAGUAUUUUAUUUAAUAAUAAUACUAUUAUUAUUAUUAUUAUUAUUAUUAUUAUUAUUAUUAUUAUUAUUAUUAUUAUUAUUAUUAUUAUUAUUAUUAUUCACGCUAUAAAAUCACAAUGGCAUGAUAUCAUUAUGCGAAAAUCAUUGGAGCACUCCAAGGACUCGAACCAGCGUUCUGGGUCUUCCCAGCAACAUAUCUUAAUCUACUUGAUGCGUUAUAUACGUAAUUUUACCUGGGAUUCUACUGAAUGUACUAAGGGUCUUGAGGUAUUAACCUGACACUACAUCAAGCAUUUUUACAAAUAAUUCGCCUACACCCGCACCAGGGUGUACCCGCAGCAGGGUGUACCCGCACCAGGGUGUACCCGCACCAGGGUAUACCCGCACCAGGGUGUACCCGCAGCAGGGUGUACCUGCAGCAGGGUGUACCCGCACCAGGGUGUACCCGCACCAGGGUGUACCCGCACCAGGGUGUACCCGCACCAGGGUGUACCCGCACCAGGGUGUACCCGCACUAGGGUGUACCCGCACCAGGGUGUACCCGCACCAGGGUGUACCCGCAGCAGGGUGUACCCGCACCAGGGUGUACCCGCACCAGGGUGUACUCGCAGCAGGGUGUACCCGCAGCAGGGUGUACCCGCACCAGGGUGUACCCGCACCAGGGUGUACUCGCAGCAGGGUGUACUCGCAGCAGGGUGUACCCGCACCAGGGUGUACCCGCACCAGGGUGUACCCGCACCAGGGUGUACCCGCACCAGGGUGUACCCGCACUAGGGUGUAGGCGGGUAAUUCGUAAAAAUACUUGUUUGGUGUGAGCUGGGCGCCUAAACACCUCCAAGUAUAUUGACUACACUAUCAGGUAAAGUCACUUAUAGCGUGUGGUGAUCCACUGGGCUAUUAUUAUUACUAUUACUGAUGACUUAAAUAAUAUUAUUAUUUACACAGGAAAAGUUACAGUAAUGUGAUAUAUGUCACUGAAAAAAUCCACUGGAGCUCUGAGGUGACUCGAACCCGCGCCCAGCUUACUGCCACCUCUACCACUGUACCACCUGGACCUAGUAUAAGUUAUGCAUCCUGUAUAUACGUAAAUAUUGGAAUUGUUCCCCGAGAGGCCUCCACACGUCCUGUCGACUUAGUAGACUCCCAGGCUGUAUAACUUACUACAGGGUGAGGGUGGUGCAGCGGUAAAGGUUGCGGCUGCCUUUCCGUUAGUCGCGGGUUCGAGACCAAGCAGUCCCCCGUGCACUAUCCAGGGGGACAGUGUGAGCAUGCCCCCCCCCCCCCCCCACACACAGUGCCAAGUGCUAAACCAAAUUUAUUUUAAUUUUUUUUAUUUUCAAAUUACGUUCAAAUUCGGCCAUACGGGCAAACGGCCAAAAGCG